CUUUAGGAUUCAAAAUAUCAAAGAAGCUUUAAGAGGACAAAAGGAAAAUCCCCAAAUUAAUUUCUCCAGAUCAAAGAAGAAACCCUAGUAAUUUUUUAUUUUUAUAUACAAAAUCUGUUAUCUUUGAAUCAGAAUUCACAAUCAAAUCCAUGGGGAAGAGAAAGGAACGUCGUUUAGCUGCUAUGAACAACGCCGGCCGCCGUGUUAAGCUCGAUCUCUUCGCGGAACCCUCUGAAGAUUUGGGUGGCUCCUCAGUACAAGAAGAAAUUGAUGGGGAACCGAAACGUCUUGCUGGGUUGCCCAAAUCACCAUCUUCUCCAGGUCAACAACCACCAAAUCCUUUGCUAUUACUUGGCCAGUAUAGUGAUGAUGAGCUGGAUGAGGAAUCGAAUACAAAACAAGAGCAUGGAACUUUGGAUGGUUCCUUUUCUGACCAUGAUGACCAGGGUAAGGGUCCCCUAAGUGAGACCUGCAAAGAUACAGAAGUUGAUGCAGGUGAAAGCCUUGAUACUCUAAAGGUCAAUCAACAGAAAACAGAGGAAGAUUCUACUUUGAACUCUGUCCUGAACUUGGUAGGCAUUGAUAACGAAGGAGAUGGUUAUGUCACAAAUGAAUCAGUCGAGAAUGAUUCUAUCAAACAAGAUUCUUUUGCUGGAACUUCUGAAGUACAGGUUACUCAAAAUGUGGGUUCAGGCUGGAGGAUUGUAAUGGAUGAAGAGAGUAAUCAGUAUUACUACUGGAACACUGAAACUGGUGAAACUUCAUGGGAGCUGCCUGCUGUUUUGAAUAAUUUAAACCAAUCAACUUCUCACCUGAAAGCACCUAGUGCUGAAGAUAUGGAGGUGGCUCAAGUGGAUGCACAUGAUUUGAAUUCAACUGUAAGUGCCCAAUCAAUUGCUGACAAUGUGAUUCUUCAGAGCAAUGUUUAUGACAAUGAGCCUGAGUUAGAUGAGCCGGUCGGAGCCGGAGGAUGCAAAAACAAAGUUUUGAAGGAUAAAAUCUCUGAUGUCAGUAGAAGUGAUUUUCAAAGUAGCUUAGAUGCUGUUGAUACUUGUUUGUCUGGUGGGAGUUUAGAUCACUCUGGAAACUCUACACAUGAUGUUCUUGCUAAUGAUGAUGAUGAAACAGAGACCGAUCUCCCCAUUCAUCUUCUAAGACAAGGGGAGUGUUUACUUGAGAGACUGAAGUCACUGAAAGUUUCCGAAGACAAUCUGCAAGGUCAGGGCUGGAUGUCUAAAUGUAUUUUAGAAGUUGAGAUUAGACUUUCUGAUAUCAAAUCAUUGCUUUCAUAUGAAUCAUCUUUAACACCGUUUUGGACACACUGUGAAAGGCAGCUUAAAUGGCUUGAAGGUGUUAUUAACGAUAAAAUUUACCAGCUUGCAAAUUCGGCUAUUAUGGAAGAGGCUGAAGAAGCUCCCAACUCUUUUGAAGAAAAGCUCAAUAUAAAGGAAGUUAAAUGCAACGAAGUUGAAGCAGAUGGAGCCCUCAAUAAAAGUGCCUCUGCUCUCAACACUUCUCAGCUUUCUAUUAAUGGUGCUGCAUUAACAGUUGGCUUUAGUGAUGUAAAUAAUCAAGUACCCUCCAUCAAUGCUGCCCACAUGGUACAUGUUUCUUCUUUUGGUUCACCUACUGAACAUUGUGAACUUGAUGAUGAAGAAAUUUCUAAGACUGGAGUCAAUGACCAAGAGGAGGAUGAUAUGGAUGUGGACAUGGAAGUUGAAGAUGCAAUGCCACCUAGCACAGUGGUGCUCAGAGAUGUGCCCCCCAACAUUCUAGAGCAACUAAAGCCUUCUGCUGAUUACUCAGCUGUUCCGCCACCUCCAAAUGAGGAGUGGAUUCCUCCACCUCCUGAUACUGAACAAAUUCCACCACCUCCUCCUAAUAUUGAACAAGUUCCUCCACCACCACCUGAUGAGCCUCCUGAAUAUCCUCUUCCCCCAUCUCAUACACCUCUCACUUAUGCAGAACAAUACAACCUAACCUAUUCUGAUCCUGGUUAUCAGUAUUAUGGACAUGCAGUUAAUCAAAUCCCCAUUGGUGGCUUCUAUGGACACGCUGAUGGAUCUCAAAUUGCUGUAGCCAAAGCAUCACUAUACUUUCAAGCCGUUCCAAACACAUACUCUGAAAGUGUAUCAGUUUCUGUUAACUCUGUUGAACCUGUAAUAUUUUAUGAUCUUCAAGGUAGAAGGGCGUCUUCUGUGCCUAUAGCCAGUGGUACUGAAUCUUUUCAGUUGCAUAGUGAAAUGGGUACUAUCAGUUCCAAUACUAUUGCUUCAAAUCAAGUUGGACCUGGUGGUGAUAUUGCAUUAGCAGAACCUGGUCUGCGUGCAGAUGAUCCUACUGUUAAUGAGAAGACUGAGGUAGCAUCAGUGGGGAGCUCUUCUACCUUUGCCGCUAUUGUAGCUCCUGCAACUGUUUCUGUUAAAGAAAGUUCUGCUGCUGCUGCCGCAUCCAUGGCCUCUGUGACUUCAUCAUCAGCUCCGAAGGCUCAAUCUAAAGCUGCACGAACCAAAAAGAAGACGGUUGCUGUCACAUCAUCCUUGAGGUCUAAUAAGAAGGUCUCCUCUUUGGUGGAUAAGUGGAAAGCUGUCAAAGAGGAGUUGCAAGAGGAUGCAAAAGAUGAGCCUGAAAAUGCGAACGAGAUAUUAGAACAAAAGCGAAAACAAGAAAUAGCGGAAUGUUAUGCUCAGCAACUUGCCAGUGGAGAGGCUAAAUAUAAUGCAAAUUUUCAGCCUUUGGGUGGUGAUUGGCGUGAAAAAGUAAAGCGGCGAAGAGCACAAAAGGCCAAAGAAUCACCGGAGGCUUCCUCAGAGGCACUUCCUGAUGGAAACCAACAACCCGAUUUAGAUGAACUCUCGAGAGGUCUACCUGCCGGAUGGCAGGCAUAUCGAGAUGAAGCUUCGAAACAGAUCUAUUACGUAAACGUGAACACCUCGGAGACGACUUGGAUUAGACCGACAAAAUAAGUUUCGAGGCUCUGAUUAUAUCAGUUUUCUUUUGUUACAAAUUUUGAGUUGGAUCAAUAUAUCGAUUAUAAUUUAAUGAUUCGUUUUGCCCCCCUUCAUUUGGUUUA